CGUAACUCAUAACCUCGUAUGUAACCUGUGUUACGCAUUAAAAUCUUAUCUUAUUACUCAACCACCCCACCUACUGACAUUCUGAAUACCUUCACCAGAUUCCCGAUGUCAACUUCUAACGAAUUGACUGUCAAAAGAGGAACGGGCUAACAAGAAUCCGAGACGUCAAACAAAAAUCGGCGCCACAUCUUUCACACUGUGGGAUCCCUUCCCUCUAUGGGGAUGUAUGGAGCAUCGCCCGACUCCUGGGGACAUACUUGCGCACAAGUUGUCGAGGGCAGUGCCAUAAACCUCAUCGGGUCUUAGCCUGUUAUUCAAGAGGAACUGCGGUGCUUGCUACAGCAAGUACGCACGCCGUCUUCCAUCAUCAUGUCGACACAAGCCUCGAAUCCAAAUUUGCCGCCCGUAGAGGCGACAAAAGCCGUGCUGGUCCCGUCUGACGAAAUACCCGAGGGGACACAGAAAGUAGAGGAGAUUGACUUCAACGCUUUCAAGGGACGGCCUAUAACUGUCGAUGAUGUGGUUGAAGGUAUGAAGCACAUGGGUUUCCAAGCAUCUUCUUUGGCCGAGGCAGUACGGAUUAUCAAUGAUAUGCGGGCAUGGAGGGACCCCGAAACAGGUGAAAAGACAACCAUAUUCCUUGGAUAUACCUCCAACAUGAUCUCUUCGGGGCUGAGGGGAAUAUUUCGGUACCUCGUAGAGCACAAGCACGUGUCCUGCAUCGUCACGACGGCCGGGGGCAUCGAGGAAGACUUUAUCAAGUGUCUCGGCGAUACGUACAUGUCUUCGUUCAGCGCAAAGGGCGCCGAGCUGCGGGCCAAGGGCCUCAACCGGAUAGGGAAUCUUAUGGUCCCCAACGCGAAUUACUGCGCCUUCGAAGACUGGGUCGUGCCCAUCCUAGACAAGAUGCUCGAGGAGCAGGAGGCGAGUAAAGGUUCACAAGAGGAGAUCAACUGGACGCCAUCCAAGGUGAUACAUCGGCUAGGUAGAGAAAUAAAUGAUGAGAGAUCGGUAUACUACUGGGCAUACAAGAACGACAUCCCGGUAUUCUGCCCCGCCUUGACCGACGGCAGCCUAGGGGACAUGCUAUACUUCCACACGUUCAAGGCGUCGCCGAGGCAGCUAAAAAUCGACAUAGUAGAGGAUAUUCGACGUAUUAAUACUAUAUCUGUGCGGGCAAAGCGAGCCGGCAUGAUUAUAUUGGGUGGCGGGGUCGUCAAGCACCACAUCGCGAACGCCUGCUUGAUGAGAAACGGCGCCGAGUCUGUCGUCUACAUCAAUACCGCCCAGGAGUUUGAUGGCAGCGACGCCGGAGCUCGGCCGGACGAAGCCGUGUCCUGGGGGAAAAUCAAAGUCGGGGCAGACCAUGUCAAGGUGUAUCUGGAGGCAUCUGCGUGUUUCCCAUUCAUCGUCGCCAGCACCUUUGCUAAAGACGCAUAAGAUCAUAGAUUAUACACACAUAUCCUGCAUAGGAAACCUAGGUGUUAGCAGUGAUAUUUUUAAAGCCAGAUCCAAAUCCCGCCCGGAGACUGAUACGAGUACCAAGAUGUUGUAACAAUGCUUCCGGCUCUAUAGAGUGAAGAACCUUGCACAUGGGUUUCGAGAUAUAGAUCUCCGUGAGCCUUAUACGUACCCGGCCUGCCGUACUGCUGACCUACUUCGACCAGCAUCCGCUGGCUUUUUGGCGUAAGAACUCCGGACUGCCCCAGGAAGCCGGGUGGCCUCCCUUCCCCCCUCCCCUCCCCC